AUGUCCACCGUACUUACAGCAAUACAGGACGAUGAAAUAAAAAAACGUUUGGCGCUUCAUAAAGAAAAAACUGGUAUCGAGCUUUCCACUGGCAGAUCUAGGUCUUUUGAGGUUUCAAAUGUCAAAAGACCUGAGGGAUGUCAACUAGAUUAUUAUGAAUACCAAUAUCACUGUCCAAUGCGUGGUAAAACAGCUGAAAAAAAUGCGAGGAUCCAAAAAACUGGUUGCGAAAUGCAUGCUAAAUACAAAGCAACCAAGCAAAAAGACGCUUACGUCCUUCACAGUUGCCACCCCAUACACGAUCACAGUUCUCCUACGAUUGUAACUCAGAACGUCACCCCUGCACCCAUAACAAUUGCUAGUGCUUCAACAACAACACUAUCACAAGAGAUCAUUGUAGUUAGUGAGAAGGAGCUUUCAACUAGCGGAUCGAAUGAAGACUCUAGUGAAUCUGCUUUAGAGAUUAUUACGCCACAAGAAGAACUGCUGGCAAACCAAUCUUUGCAGAAAUUGAAAGCGUGUCUUUUGAAGAGCAAAACCUUUGAUCCUCGCAUGGAGGCACUGACAGCCCUCAUCAACUAUUGGGAGGUUGAUCUUGAAGUGGAAAUCAAUCCAUGGUUUCCACUAGAAGAUGCUGAUUCUGAACCUGCCAUUGAAGCUCGUACUGAACCUGCCGCUGAAACUUCAUCUGAACCUCGCCCUGAACCUGCCGCUGGAACUUCAUCUGAACCUCCUUCUGAUUUUGACUCUGAUCUCGAUUGUGAACUUGAUCCUGACUCUGAUCUAGAUAGUGAAUCUGAUCUCGAACCUGAAUCUGAUAAUAUCUCUAAAAUAGGCCAACAAUCAUGCAACAAAGUGUCUAUUAUCACUAAAUCAGGAAUUGUGUCUCAUUUUUCUGCCAACGACGAUGACGUAACUUUACCGACAAAAAUCACGACGAGGGGACGACCGACGGCCAAAAAACCAACAGCUAUUGGAACACCGAGACAAGAGGUGACAGUGCCAAAAAAUGCUAAAAAGCUUUCGUGUGAGUUGCGAAGUAGCAAACGAAAAUUGAUAGCUUUUGAGGAUUUGAGCGAUGAAGAAAAAGCAUCCGAAAUGCUUUCGUGGUUCAUACCAGAUGAUUUAAUCCUAAAUGUUGUGACAAAAAAACGUAAAAUAGAAUCUGCGAGUUUUAAUGUAGAUGAUAAAACUGUCACGGAUGCGAUUAAGAAUACAGACGACGAUGUCAUUCAAGCAUUGGAAAAAUUUUGUGAACCAACGGCAUACAAACGCUUGAAUGACAUCGUCGAAAAGAAAAGGAAAAGAAUUACAAUCAAGUGUGGUACGUGUCAAAAACCUCGACGAUUAACAAAAACAAUGAUUACAUGUAAGCGAUGUCUUCUUUGGUUCGAUUGGCCCUGCGUUAACGUUAAGAAAGAACCAACAACUGCUUGGUUUUGUAGUAGCUGUUCUAAAAGU